AUGUUCAGCUACAAGAUGGAGGGACUCCCAGGUCUUCUGCUAAGGCUGAUGCUGACAGGUCUUCUGGUGUCUGCCAAUACUUUCUCACCUUCAACACAUGGAAUUCCAGUCUACAAAAAGCCUAGCAAGCCAGGAAGACUGGAAGAGGAGAUGAAGGUGCAAGGAGAGUCCCUCACCAUAAAGGGCUUCUGUUCACAGCAAAAGAAAAUUUGGUGCAAAGGAGAUCUGCUGAAGGAAUGUAACCCUACAGAGUCUCCUAGCCUCUCAGGUCCAGGGUGGAAAUAUCUGACUACUGAGCCAAACCAGAGGGUUGUACUACAGGAUCUGAAAAACGGCUGUUUUUCUUUUUUCAUGUCAGCUCUCCAAGUAGAAGAUUCAGGGAUAUACUUGUUUGGGGUUCUUGAUGGCCUGAACAUCACCCCUUUAAGAAAAAUCAAAGUCAUUGUUCGAAAAGGCCUUCUUGCACCUACCAAUACUUCCUCACCUCCAACAUCCGAGGUUCUAUUCCUCAAAAGCCCUAGUAAGCCAGAAAAGAGACUAGAAGUGGUGAUGAAGGUGCAAGGAGAAUCCCUCAGCAUAGAGGGCUUCUGUUCACCGCAAUAUUUGCAACAAGAGGCAGUCUGGUGCAAAGGAGAUCUGCUGAAAGAAUGUAACCCUACAGAGCCUUCUAGCCUCUCAGGCCUAGGAUGGAAGUAUCUCACUUCUGAACCAAGCCAGAAAUUUGUGCUACAGGAUCUGGGAAAUGGCUGUGCUGCUUUUUUCACAUCAGCUCUCCAAGUAGAAGAUUCGGGAAUAUACUGGUUUGGGGUUCUUGAUGGCCUGAACAUCACCCCUUUAAGAAAAAUCAAAGUCAUUGUUCAAAAAGGGCAACAAAAUUAUGGGACUGCGACAGAAACCAGUGAAAAUGAACAAAGACUUUACCACAUUGUCUUAGUCCUGGUUUCCACUGCGGUUGGCAUAACAAUUAUUGCAGCCCUCAUAUUAGUUGUCACAAUGCUCAUCAAGAAGAAAACAAGAGCAGCAGAUGACCUGAAUUUUGGUGAUAACCCAAACUGUAGAAUAAUAACAUUCCAGAUACAUGAAAGCACUGCUACCGACAAUCCUUUGGACAAAGAAACAAACGCAGUAUACACCAUAUUGAAGAAGCCAAAGUCAAUGAUAGAGGAUGUGACAUAUGUCAACACGAAGUUCCCACUAAGGUCCAGUUCCAUCAAACAUCCCAGUGAGCUUUCAUCUCCAGGAGAGUGCUCUCCAGGUGUGAUCUCUUCAGGAUCUGUGAAGUAUGCAAAUAUCAUCUUUGCUUCUCAGGUUCAACAUAACAAGAACUAA